UCCGCCAUAUUGGAAAUCCAUCAGCUGAGAAAGACUUAAGUAAAACAAGAUCCUUUUCGUUAAAAAGUGUCAAUAUGGGAAAGAAUCGCAAGACGGUGAAUCCCUGUGCUUCUAGGGCUGAAUUAAUGAUGAUGACAGUGUCAGACAUUGUGGGUCAAUUGAUCACAGCGCAUGAGAAAGGAAAUGAUGUUAAUCUAAACAAGUGGCCGUUAUGUGCAAACCUCAUAGAUGUCCUCAUAUAAACAUGACUGGAAAUAUCUGUGUAUAUUGUCCAGGAGGACCAGACUCUGAUUUUGAAUACUCCACGCAGUCUUACACUGGAUAUGAACCCACAUCAAUGAGAGCAAUACGAGCACGAUAUAACCCCUAUCUACAAACAAGACACAGAAUUGAUCAGCUCAAACAGUUGGGCCACAGUGUGGAUAAGGUUGAGUUCAUUGUAAUGGGAGGUACAUUCAUGUGUCUGGAUGAAAGCUACAGAGAUUUUUUUAUAAGGAAUCUCCAUGAUGCCCUGUCAGGUCACACAAGUAAUAAUGUGGAUGAGGCGGUCAAGUACUCAGAAAGAAGCAAGACAAAGUGUAUAGGUAUAACCAUUGAAACUAGACCAGAUUACUGUCUGAAAAAACAUCUUAGCUCCAUGCUGAUGUAUGGCUGUACUCGCCUGGAGAUUGGUGUCCAGAGUGUCUAUGAAGAUGUAGCUAGGGAUACAAACAGAGGCCACACUGUCAGAGCAGUGAGUGAGUCCUUUCACUUGUCUAAAGAUGCAGGAUUCAAGGUCGUGUCACACAUGAUGCCUGAUCUACCUAAUGUAGGACUGGAACGAGACAUUGAACAAUUCAUUGAAUUCUUUGAAAAUCCAGCAUUUCGCGCAGAUGGUUUGAAAAUUUACCCAACCUUGGUUAUCCGCGGUACAGGUUUGUACGAGUUAUGGAAGACCGGCCGCUACAAGAGUUACCCUCCUAAUACAUUGGUGGAUUUGAUCGCGAGGAUUUUAGCGUUAGUACCACCUUGGACACGUGUCUACAGAGUGCAAAGGGAUAUCCCUAUGCCUUUGGUUAGUUCUGGUGUCGAGCACGGCAACUUGAGGGAACUGGCGCUAGCUCGUAUGAAGGAUUUAGGAACACAGUGUCGCGACGUUCGAACCCGUGAGGUUGGAAUACAGGAAAUUCAUCAUAAAGUUCGACCAUUUCAAAUUGAGCUUAUUCGCCGAGACUAUGUGGCGAAUGGUGGAUGGGAAACGUUUCUGUCCUAUGAAGAUCCCGAGCAAGAUAUUCUAGUCGGCCUAUUAAGAUUGAGGAAGUGCUCCGAGGCGUCGUUCAGACCUGAAUUGAAAGGAGGCUGUUCCAUCGUCAGAGAACUUCACGUUUAUGGCAGUGUAGUCCCUGUCAGCGCCCGCGAUCCUUCCAAAUUUCAGCAUCAAGGUUUCGGAAUGCUGUUGAUGGAAGAAGCAGAGAGAAUUGCUCGCGAAGAGCAUGGGUCGCAAAAAAUCGCCGUUAUUUCAGGAGUUGGAACUCGAAAUUAUUACCGUAAAAUUGUUUACGAACUGGAGGGUCCCUACAUGGUCAAGAGUUUGCUGUGAUUUACGAUCUUCAACUGGUGCACCACAACAACUGACUAACUCUCGUAUUCAGUAUGGAAGACCUCAGCCGGACUUCGUUAAAAGAACCCAUCAUCCUCAAGGGUCAACACGUGGUGGCAACUAAGGAGCCAUCACAGUGAAUGGCGGUCAGACAUAUGAACUUGAUAAGUAAUGAAUGGGCGUGGCUGGGUGAACAAGGAAAUUAGCGAAAAGAUCUGAGCAGAAAAAUACGAGAGUCUUGAGCUAUAGAGCGGCUAUGAAUUGCUAACUACCAACUUAUAGCCAGCUUCUUAUAAAUACGCCCGUUAGGCUUUUAACAAACAGGACAACGGUACUUAAAAAUUACUACAAGGAUAAUAUGCUGUAUGGUUAACUGUCUUUUUACAUCCUGUCCGCAUGCGAAAGUGGAAAGUGGUCUUGGAUGAAUGAUUCACCUGUAUUGAGUGGAAUGUAGACACUAGUACAAGGCUCGACACUAACUUUUCAACUUACUAGCCAAGUGACAUCUUAGAUGUUACAACCAUUUCAGUUUGUUAACUAGCCAAACUGGCUAAUUAACAAUGGAAAUCGAAAACCACUAACCAAACCUGAAUUUCUACAAGUCUGUGGCCAGUGGGUUACCGUAAGUGUCAAGCCCUGUAGUAGUUUACUAACCUCCCUAUUAAGAUAGAAAUUAUUGACAUUCAGCUUUUACUUGAUUUUUUUUGCGUCAUUUACAUCGCUGUUUUGGAACAAGAGAUGUCGAAAUUUGUCUUCCAAAUGUUUCGCUGGAAUAUUUUCCACUUACUAAUUUACUAAAACUGUGUCUAUAUUUCCCUCAAGUUUCUUCGUCGGUUUACAUUUUUUUAAGUCAGAUUUGUUCACUGCAUAGCACUAUAUGCCAGUCCUUUUUAUUUAAGUGUAGACUGAAGUAAGCGUUGGCAAAUCAACAGAUCCAACCAACGGGACAUAAGAUUGUUAUCACUCACCCUAUUAACUAAAUUGCUAAUAUGUUUUAUCUCAAAACAGAUGACCUGUUUUAAAAAACAAUAAAUAUGGAUUUCAAAAA